AUGGAAACCAUCCGCCGUACUUAUAUCAAAUCCCUCGCUCAUCGCGGCAUAAUCCAAGGCGUAACAAUUUCGACAUUGUCUUCUCCCAGCCAAGCCAAAGACCUCUGCCGCUACUUCGGCGGUGUCCGCUACGGCCUUGCCCCCGCCGAGCGCUGGCGCCGUGCCCAGCCCCUACCCGCAUCUUUCACCUACGGCAGCGAAGAAGCGCCAGGCCAAUGUGAUGGGGGUGCAGGGCUUUGUCCUCAACCAGGUUUUUUGAAUAUCUCGCCUGAGAAUCCGGAUGCGUGGAACGAGGAUUGCUUUCAGUGUAAUGUUUGGACGCCCAUUGGAGAGGCGCCUGAGGGGGGAUGGCCUGUUUUUGUUUUUAUUCAUGGCGGAUGGCUUCAAUUCGGCUCGCCUAAUUCAUUCAAUGUGGCUGCAUUGAUCGGCGAGGCCGACUUCGACUGUGUGGUUGUGAUGCCUGCGUACCGGGUCAACUUAUUCGGAUUCCUCUACUCAGCAGAAUUGGAGGAGGAUGCAGCUACUGUCGGAGAGACAGUUGGGAACCACGGAUUCUGGGAUCAGAGAUUAGCAUUAGAGUGGACGAAGGAGAAUAUCCAGCUCUUCGGCGGCAAUCCGGAUCUCAUCACGAUCUCAGGAUAUUCCGCAGGCGCCAACUCCGUCUUCCACCAACUAGCCUAUGACCUCCGCCAACCAGACGAGAAUUCUCUCAUCCGCCAAGCCUGCAUCUGGUCAAACAGCCCAGCCGUCCAGCCAAAGCAGCCAACCGAAACACAAACCCAAUUCAACCAACUCCUAACAGCCCUGGACAUCCCCCUCACUCUGCCACAUAGCGAGAAACUUACCCGCCUACGCUCAAUCCCCGCAAAAAUCCUCCUCGACAAAGCAAGAACAAUCCAGCUCCACCAAUUCCGCCCAACAACAGACACAUCCUUCAUCUCCCCGUCCCUCUUCACGACCCUCGACAACGGCGCCUUCGCCCGCAGCCUCCUAGCCCGCAACAUCCGCAUCAUAAUAGGUGAAUGUCGCGACGAGCGCUUCCUUUACAGCACAUGGUUCCCGCCGACAGACAACACGCUCUCCGCGCUGCGCACCCGUCUCGUGGCAGAUUACCCCGAACACAUCGUCGACGCCGUCAUCCCGAUAUAUUACCCGGACGGCUGUCUACCGACGAACUGCAAGAACUGGGACCAGGACGCGUGGGGGAGGAUCUACGCUGAUAUGCAGGUGCAUCAGAUGCAGCGUGGGCUUGUGUAUGCGCUGACGGCGAAUGAGGCCGGGGUUGAUGCUUCGGCGUUGCUGUUUCGGUAUCGGAUUGAGUGGCGGGCGAAGUGUGUAGAGAAGACUUUGCCGGUUGAGUGGGGGGUUACGCAUUCGUCGGAUUAUCCGAUUUGGUUCUUUGGGAAUGGUGGGUUGUUGGAGGAGGAGGAGAAGAGGGUUGUCAGGGAAGGGUUUGUUGGGCCGCUAGAAAGGUUUGCUUGUGGGGAGAAAGAAUUCGGAUGGGGGGUUUCUGGGACCAAGGGCGUUAGGACGUUGAGGGGGGAUGGGAGUGUUAAGAUUGUGGAGGAUGCGGAUUGGGAGGAGGGUGUUAGGGUUUGGAAGGGUUUGAGAGAUGCUGAUGAGAGGUUGGUGUGA